GUCGCCCUUCGCGGGCGCCGUCUCCUCCCCCUGGCGCUACUGUAGGACGUCGGCUGCGGCGGGCGCGCGCUGGGUGGCCUUUGGCAGGUAUAUAAAGGGUCUCCGGGCCGGUGCCCCUGGCGGAUUAUGUCAGUGUCCCCCGUGAAGCGGCCGAAGAUGGAGUCCGCGCUGGAGCAGCUUAAGCAGCACACCACGGUGGUGGCGGACACCGGCGACUUCCAUGCAAUUGAUCAGUACAAGCCUCUGGAUGCUACUACAAACCCAUCCUUGAUACUAGCUGCAGCUCAAAUGCCAGCUUACCAGGAAUUAGUAGAGGAUGCUAUUGAGUAUGGAAAAAAACUUGGUGGGUCAGAAGACGAACAGGUCCAAAAUGCAAGUGACAAACUUUUUGUGUUGUUUGGGGCAGAAAUACUGAAGAGGAUACCAGGUCGUGUGUCCACAGAAGUAGAUGCAAGGUUGUCCUUUGAUAAGGAAGGAAUGAUUAAGAGAGCUAAGCGCCUCAUUGACCUUUAUAAGGAAGCAGGAAUUGGUAAAGAUCGCAUUCUCAUAAAACUGUCAUCAACGUGGGAGGGGAUUCAGGCAGGCAAGGUUCUGGAAGAAGAGUAUGGAAUCCAUUGCAACAUGACCUUACUCUUCUCCUUUGCUCAGGCAGUGGCCUGUGCUGAAGCUGGGGUCACCCUAAUUUCCCCCUUUGUAGGGCGUAUCCUGGAUUGGCAUGUUGCAAACACAGACAAGAAGACUUUUGAGCCCUCAGAGGACCCAGGGGUGAAGAGUGUCACUAAAAUCUAUAAUUACUACAAAAAGUUUGGCUACAAAACUAUUGUGAUGGGUGCUUCAUUCCGAAACACUGGGGAGAUUAAAGCACUGACAGGCUGUGACUAUCUUACCAUUUCACCUAAGCUUCUGGGAGAGCUCAGUAAAGAGAACACCAAGCUAACUCCCACACUCAGUGCUAAAGAUGCUCAGACAUCUAACCUUGAGAAGAUUCACAUGGAUGAGAAGACAUUCCGCUGGGAACAUAAUGAAGACCAAAUGGCUGUGGAGAAAUUAUCAGAUGGGAUCAGGAAAUUUGCUGCUGAUGCAGUUAAAUUGGAGAGAAUGUUGAAGGAACGAAUGUUCAGUACUAAAAAUGGAAAGUAGAGAAACCAAAAUUCCUGCUGUAUUGUGGAGACUGAGUGGAAUUAUUAAAAAUGGAUAUACAAAUAUCUGUAUGUAAAGUCUUUUAUGCUGUGUAUGGAGAGUUCUGUAUUCCAUGCUUUUAUCAAUUUGCAAAGGGACAAGACUUUCAAUAUGUAGCAAUUUUGGCAAUGUAAUAAAAUACUUUAUGUAAUGAAUUUCA